UUAGAUUUAAAGCUGAGAGGGUGAACAACGUUUCAGGGGCCCCUAAGGGCCUCCAAACCUUUAACCUGAGAGUUUGACACCAACUGUAGGAGUCCAAACAGCUGUAGAGAGGGCAGUGUCGCUCACCUCUCCCUGCUGUACUGUAGCGCAGCGGUUUGACAUGAGACAGCCCCCUAGGUGUCUCACUUUCUCAGUGUUUGUAUGGACUGGAGCGCAGCGCCGGCUGCCCGCCCGCCCGCCUGCCUGCCCGCCCGCCUGCCUGCCUGCCUGCCUGCCUGCCUGCUGCUCGUCUGACUGACUGGCUGCGUUGACGUCAGCGCCGUGUUGAUUUGCUAAGGCGAGAGAAGAAAGGAGUUAGUGCGUGUUGAGAGAGCGGGUCCUGCGAACUGCCUUACUAUGGUGUAGCCACAAUCCCCGUGCACUAAACGGAGACAAACGUGCAACUUAGGUUUGACUUUGUUUACAAAAACAGCUAAAAUCUCUGCUGAGCGGGGAAAGCGAGCCUCAUGAGUCGGCCUGGCAGGUUACAUCAAUAUCAUGGAUUUAACUAAAAUGGGUAUGAUCCAGCUCCAGAACCCCAACCAUCCCACUGCCCUGCUGCAGAAGGCCAACCAGAUGCGUUUGGCUGGGACUCUGUGCGAUGUGGUCAUCAUGGUCGACAGCCAGGAGUUUCACGCUCACCGGACUGUGCUUGCCUGCACCAGCAAAAUGUUUGAGAUCCUCUUCCACCGCAGCAGCCAGCAUUAUACCCUGGACUUUCUUUCACCAAAGACUUUUCAGCAGAUUUUGGAGUAUGCUUACACUGCCACUCUUCAAGCCAAGGUGGAGGACUUGGAUGACCUUCUGUAUGCAGCCGAGAUCCUGGAGAUUGAAUACUUGGAGGAGCAAUGCCUCAAGAUCCUGGAAACCAUCCAGUCCUCAGAUGAGAAUGAUGUGGAUGUCAACGCUAAUGAUGGGAGCACAGAAGACGAUGAGGAGCGCAAAGGCCAAAAUGGAGCGAAGAACUCCAAAAAGCAUUCCCUGGAGACUCCCAACCUGUCAGGAGCUCAGCAAGCCUCCAACAUGCCUGGCAUGGUUGACCAGAGUCCCUCUGUCUCCACCUCCUACAGUGUUUCCAACCUGAGUCCCACCAAAGCCGCUGUGGACAGUCUGAUGAGCAUCGGCCAGUCUCUGCUCCAGCAGGGCUUUGGUGGUGAGCAACCCGUCCACAUUAAUUCCCACCACCUGAUGACCGACAUCAAGACUGAGAUGAUGCAGGUGGACAUGAGUGGCAAUGGACAUGACAGUCCUCAGAAUAUGGAGUCCAGCGUCUCGAGCAACGGAGAGCGAAGCGGAGAGGACAGGAACCGAGAUGGUCCCGGAACGCCAACGAGGAGCAGCGUGAUCACCAGCGCUCGAGAACUGCAUUAUAUCCGUGAUGACAACAUGGGCGACCAGCAAGCCGAAGUCAGCCAGAUGGGGCUGGAAGCAAUGGCAGGAAUGACUGAGAAACACCUGGCCUCACUAUAUUCGCUUCCUGUCAAUCAUAAAUCCGAUGCCAUGAUGUCCAUGCCGGUGUCCAUGGCUUCUGGUCUCCCCAUGUCCCCUGCCCUGGCGAUGUCCAUGGACUUCAGUGCGUAUGGGGGGCUGCUGCCGCAAAGCUUCAUCCAGAGAGAGUUCUUCAGCAAGCUCGGGGAGCUGGCAGUGGGGAUGAAACCGGACGGCAGGAACCAGCAUGAACGUUGUAAUGUUUGCGGCGCAGAGCUACCAGAUAAUGAAGCCGUGGAGCAGCACAGGAAGAUCCACAGUGGGAUGAAGACCUACAGCUGUGAACUGUGUGGGAAAAGCUUCCUGGACAGCCUCCGUCUACGGAUGCAUUUGCUGUCUCAUUCAGCUGGGGAAAAGGCCAUAGUUUGUGACCAGUGUGGUGCUCAGUUCCAGACAGAGGAAUCCCUGGAGGCUCACCGGCAGAUUCACACUGGAUCGGACAUGGCCAUCUUCUGCUUGCUUUGUGGGAAGCGUUUCCAGACGCAGACGGCGCUGCAGCAGCACAUGGAAGUUCACGCCGGCGUGCGCAGCUACAUCUGCAGCGAAUGCAACCGGACUUUCCCCAGCCAUACUGCACUCAAACGUCACCUACGCUCACACACAGGGGACCACCCAUAUGAGUGCGAGUUCUGUGGGAGCUGCUUCCGAGAUGAGAGCACGCUGAAGGGCCACAAGCGCAUCCACACCGGGGAGAAGCCCUAUGAAUGUAACGGCUGCGGGAAGAAGUUCAGCCUCAAGCACCAGCUGGAAACCCACUACCGAGUGCACACAGGUGAGAAGCCAUUCGAGUGCAAGCUGUGCCACCAGAGAUCCAGGGACUACUCGGCCAUGAUAAAGCACCUGCGCACCCACAAUGGCGCCUCGCCCUACCAAUGCACCAUCUGCCUGGAGUACUGCCCCAGCCUGUCAGCCAUGCAGAAGCACAUGAAAGGCCACAAGCCGGAAGAUAUCCCCCCAGACUGGCGCAUAGAGAAGACCUACCUGUACCUUUGCUACGUUUGAGAAUGGCAAAUGAAUGAAGAGUGCUGGGAUGGGGUCAAAGGUAAGGGGAAUGUAAUGGAUCGUAUUGGAAGCGUGGGUCUUGCCAAUCAGAAUGUCAACGACAAACUGCUUAAACAAGAGGGGUUUUUCAAUGCUAAGAUGGCGACAACAAGCAGGGUUAAAGGGCGGUGAUGAUCUGGCAAAAGGACUAAAAGGAGGAACACUUGGACAUGGAGAUAGGGCAUCUCCACCACUGUUUCGGAUUUACCGGGUCAUUCACUACAUCUGCAACAGUUUUAUUGUUCCAGGUCUUUUUAUGCAUCGCCAUAAAGAAAGCAGUCUGCAAGAAGGGGAUUCUUUAGAUCUUGCUGCCCUGUUGUUGAGAAAUCCGAUUCUCAAGGGCUAUCUGAACCUGCAAAUCUAUGGAAUCCAUUACUCCAUUAACCUUCCUAUAUUUUCCUUGAAUUUAUUAAUUUUGCUUUCUCAUUUCUGGGGAUCUUUCACAGUAACCACAUGGUUUUCCCAGAUCACUCGUCUUGUAGAAAAUUACAAGAAAAUUGCAGAACCCACCUCUUUUCUUUUUAAAUCUUUUCAAAUGUGCAUUUUUAUUUUCUUCUCUUUAUGUCCAAAUGGUGUAUUAAUCUUUCAAUUGUCUCUGAAUUCCACUCGUUAGUCCAUGAAAAUCUUCAGAAAUUAGCAGAGGCGGUGAGAUAGCCCCUGAGAAUCAGCAGUAGAUAAAACCAUUGACUGGACAUGUGGGAAUAUUAAAAUGCUGCAAGCCAGGUACCCGUUUGGAAAGAUGCUAGUGCUGCUUUUCACUGAGAGUUUCCAGCAGUUUUUUUCUUUUUCUUUGUAGUCUUCCUGGUUCCAGAGCAAGUCUAGCCACCUCUGGCUGCUCACAGCUCUCCCUCGAGAGCUAAAGGCAAACUUUCCUCACUUUUCUUCAUUUACUUUAUCUGCUUUUUGUCAAAGUUCGUCAUAGCUUGAUUUCCUAAAUUAGAACACAACCGUUUCUGUUUGAUGUUAGAGAGAUUCCGAACAUAAAUCCCUCAUGGAAUUAUAACUCGCUCUAAAAACAGUAACCCAAAAUACCAGCCCUCUUCACCUAUUUAGCAGGAGAUAACUGGACUUCUUUUUCCUUGUGCAUUUGACCUGAUUACUAUCAAUAUCUUACACUAAAGAGACAGUAGAGGAGCUGACAUAAAGGGUACCACAUUCAUAAUCAUCCAUUUGCCACAGUAAGCACAAAUGAACCAGGAAAAAGGUUCUAUGUUUGGGAGUCCUGCAGCUUUGACUGCUGGUGGUGAAUGUUGAAAAAGUGCAGAGAACGCCUUCGCGCCGCACCUAAACUUUUACCAGAGGUGCUGUGGCAGUUUCAAGACUGUUAUAUGGCAUCAAAACAUGAAUGUGAAAGGCUGUGAGACAGAAGGCUGUCAGGAGGCUAAAGUUGCCUUUUAAUUUGAAGCUGAAAGUCCCAAAUUCUCGUUGUUUUUCUCCUCCUUUAGUGUUUCCAACUGGAAACUCUCUCUCUGUCUGGCAUGAAGAGCUUUCUGUGGGCGCGUUCCGACGCCCUAUGCGUUUUUAUAGUGUGCACCACCACUGCAUAUUCUGAUCCAUCGUUGUGGUUAUAUCUCUGCAUCUUAUUAUCAAGUGUUCUUAUUUUGGAUUACCACUAGGAAUACUUUUUUUUUAAAGCAUUUUCAGAUUACAAAUUACUUUCCCCUGUUGUGUUGCUGAUGCAUCUAUCCGCCACUCCAUGGCAAAGGGGGCUCAGGAGAGGGUCAGUAGGCACCCACACCACGAUAUUGUGCAAAGAAAUUUCCAACGUGUGCUGAAAUAUUGAUAACAACCAGAAAGUUCAGUCGGACAAUUGCAGGUGGUGGUGGUGGUGAGCGGUCAGCGUUUCUGGUGUCUUAGAAAUUUAGCAUUAAACCUGAUUGGCAUGUACAGUCACAGGUAUUGAUGGUUGAAACUGUAUGAUUAUUGCACCUAUCCAAAUACUUAACUGAAAAGGGAGAAGUCACUGAUCGGACUCAGCCCAAUAGCUAAAGAGGCAAGCACUAAGACAUCUGAAUGAAUCAGCUCUCUGUGGUUUUGGUCCCUGCGCUUCGUCUCUCUUGUCUCCCGUUGUUAUUAUUUUCGACCUUGAGUUUGAUCUCAAUACAUCGUACUUGAAUUACCUCGCUUUUGUGACCUCAUGUCUUGUGCAUUUUAAUUUUCCUUUAUUUUUUUGGUUUUGUUUUUAUUUUAAGGGCGCAUGAGUGCAUGCUAGAAAAAUGCACUGCAAACUCAAUGAAGCAAUGUGUACGCAGAAAAAUAAGUGCCACGAUGAAGAGAUUUGUUUUUCUAACAUUGUGUUUUCUUUUAUUUCUUUGAGCAUUACUUGUUGCCAAACUUGGUAUUAUUAACCCUGUUUGUUGAAGAGCCGUAAGGUUUGGUCAUUUGUUAUAAAAGCUACCUCUAAUUUUUUUUGUGUGUGUUUGUUUUCAAGUUGUUGGGUUUUUGUUUUUUUCAUUUGGUGAAAGCACAUUUAUUUGUGUUUGCAUUGUUUUGUCAUUGCUUCUUCAUCUCAUGCUUUUUUUCUUUCAAAAGUUGAUUUAUGAUUGUGUUUUUAAGCAAAGUCUAUAUGAAAAGGAGAUGAUAAACAUAGAGGUGGUGAAAAGAGUCAUUCAAAUGGAUGUUUAUUCCUCUCCUGUAGCCCUCCCACCCCACCCCCUGCAUCUCCAUCAACAGCAGAGGGAGAAAAAAAAAAGCAAUUUUGAAGCCUUAAGUGAUGAGUAAGAGGGAUGCGGAGGAUAAGACUAAGUACUAUUGCUUUAUAAGAGCGUUUAAAAACAAGAAUUUAAACUUGAAAAUAUGUGAAUAGAGUUGUAGUUUUGUAAUGUGAAAAAAAGAGGGUUCAUCCAAACCGCUGAACCGCACAGGACAGGUCAUUUUUGCCGUGAUGCAGAGUGCGUUGGACAAUUGGAACUGCAAGUUGUAAUCAAAAAAGAUGAACCAGAAGGUUAAAAAUAGAGAUUCUCUUGGCAGAUGAGCUCUCUUAUGACACGUGUGUAUAUUCUUGAACAAGAACCAACGGAGGCAAUUUCAUAUAUAAAAAUUGUGAUAUUUUUGUAUUCAGUGUCGGUCCUUUUUCCAUUUGUCGAGGGUUACAGCAGGGCGCAAAUAUUUGUAUUUCUUCUUGAUUUGUCAAUUUUUUUUUUCUCUCUGGGUGUGAAUCAUUUUUGCCUUGCUCCUCUUUGAUAUUGUUGGACAGAAAAAGAAAAAAAAACAAACACAAAAAAAAAAAUGAAACCGUGUGUGAAAAAUAUUGUAAUAAGUGUUGCUUUCUGGAUGUCAGUUGCAUUGUAGGUGAAGGGAAUAAUCUAUCCACCACAAAUUUUACCAGUGUGUGCGUGUAAGUGAAACGUUACAAAAAAGUAAUAAUAACAAUGGAUGUGACAGACCUUUAAAAAAAAAGUGAAAAAGGCAGAGGAGGAGGGAAACCUGCCAAACCGACCAAUUAGUACUCAUUAUUCACAGUUUUCAAUCAAACUUGACUGUCAAUAUUUUUGUUUUUGUACUUGAAAAAAAAAAAAAGAAGGGAUGGCAUGUCCCAAGUUGUCUUGCCAUUUUAUUCUCAAACACUGUGAGCUGAGGGGGUCUUUUUUUUUAUCAUUUACCCCCAGAAAAUUAUCCACCAACUACAAUAUAUCCAGUCACGGUUCAGUCUGAACACCACAAUGCAAGACCCGCUCAGUCAUUUUAUCAUCAUCGUCCUCUGAAUGUUUUCUACUUUUUCAUGCGGGUGAAAGAGAGCGUUAAAGUGUGUUUACCUGUGUGUGCGUGCGUGUGUAUUAGUGGGAAAAUGCACUAAUCAGAUCAAAUACAAAAGAAAAUAUUCUAUGCCACUUUUUUUCUGUUGGAAAAAAAAUCUAUAUAUAUAUAUAUGUAAUACAUUGGCAUUGAUAUAGUUCUUCCCUCAGUGUUCCUCCGAUGUUUCUGUAAUAUCUUUGUGCCUAAAAAUGGAAAUUGUUCAACAAAAAUAUCCAUCUAUAUCUGCUUCGUUUUCCGUAUUUUCAGAAGAAAACAAAAUGUUGUCUCCAGCACCCUAGGGAUGUCAUGAAUCAAUAUAUGACCAGUGUUUUUCUUUUUAUUUGUUUGUGUAUAUUGUUUUCUGAACAAAGCAGGUCUUCAUUUGUGAAGACAGCAAAAAAAAAAAAAAAACCUUCAUGCUAUUGAAAUAGCUCCUGCAAUUACUUUUUAAAGUCUGCGAUCUAUCCAAAAGCAUUUAUUUCGCAACACAAGUUUAUAGGUGGGGAAUCUGAUACUUUUUAGAGGCUGCAGAGGCGAAAUUUGCAAAUACCGUUUAGGACAAAAUCUGCUUCAUGCAAUUGUUUUUCUUUUAAGCAAAUUAAGCCAGAGUCUGUCUCUUUUUUUUUUCCCUCAGCAACAGGUUUGCUGAUCAGGAUGUUUUUCUUGAAAGAAAAAAUAAAACUAAAACCUCCAUUUGGGCAGGUUUGCAGUGGGGUGUUUUCCUACUGAUUUAAUUUUUUUUUUUUUUUAGUAAUUGUUUUUGAUUAAUUUCUACAAAAUGCAUUUAAGAGGGGAUGUUAAAUUCGUCAGAGAGGAAUCAUGGCAUCCCUGGAGCUGGCACUAUGUGUUUUGGUGUGGUGUUUCUAGAGCAAGUUAGCCAUUUCAUGCAAUGUUGCAAUGCAUGUGCCAUCGAGGUCUCGACUAAAAUUGUUUGAGUAACAAAGCACCAAGACAUUGUAUUUUUUAUAUUAGCACUGAGGACCAAUUGCCCUGUCGGACCAAGCAUAACAAAGCUUUUUAUGUAACAAAGCUUUUCUCUGUCCUUCCCUGGCUUGUCUGUGCUACUUCUCUCCACCAUUGUCGUGACAGCACAAGUGCCAGUCAAGUUGCUCUGUAUUAAAAAAAAAAUAGUGUUUUUACUAUGAUUUGAAUUGUUAUAGUUUUUGUCUACCUCAGCACCUAAUCUUAGCCUAAUCUUAGAAGGUGCCCAAUUAUUAUGUUUCUUUAUUUUGUGUUGUUGUCAGCUGUGGUUUCUAUUUCUUUUCUUUUUCUUUUUUUAUGCAUUAGAGCUUUGCAAAGGUCCUUUGUCUUUUCCGGCAACAAUGUGCUACUUUUUUUUUUUGCUUUUUUUUCCUUGGUAGGGGCUCCUGUUGAGCCAAGCCAUCAAUCUAUAGCCACAGUCUGAUAUAGAGGCUGUUCUGUUUUUAUUUCUUUCCCACGUAGAAUCAAACACAUCUCUUUGUAACAUUUCAGUGUUCUCUGAUGGAGUGUGAAAAAAAUAAAAAGGAAAAUAAAAGAUUUAAUGCUGCAGGUUGUCUUUAUGUUGUCAAUAAAGUCAAUGUUGUGCCUUUUAUAGUGAAAAUAUAAAGAAUAUUUCUUUGGUUUUCAAAUCCUACUAACAGUAGAUGUUUUUUGUAGUGAAUUUUUUUCUGUGUAUUUUUAUUUAUGGGGUCUCAUAAUAAAAAUCAAAUCAUGAUGUUCAGUUGUAUACUUUCAAUCUGCAGUUAAAAAAAAUUAAAAAAAUGAACUU